AUGGCAAAGGAAGGAGAAGGAGAUGAAAGAUGGAUCGUCAAUGAUCUCGGCAUUACAGGACGCAAUGUCGGAAGGUGGCACUGGACCGAUGAAGAUGUUUUCCCUUGGUGCAAGAAUGAAUUGAAACAACGAUUCAAGAACGUAGAGCUUUUAUCCAAGGAAAAUAUGAGAAUUACAACAACUUCAUCGGUUACUACCAAAGGUGAAGCCAGUAUCAUGAAUCGUAAGCGCAAACUAAUUGCAAUUUAUGAAUUGGACGUGGAAAUUGGAUGGACAGGUAAAUUAUUAUUAGGAGAUUCAUCGGAAAUGACAGAUGAAGAUUCGGAAAAGUGUGUGGUAGCCAAAGGAAAAAUUAAACUUCCUUACAUUUCUCAGGAAAUUGACCAAGGAAGUGAUUUUGAAAUCAACAUUGAAAUGGAUUCAAGCUGCAAGAAGCAAGAGCAUAAAAUUAUCAAGGAAGCAUUGAGAACUGAGGGCGCUGCCACGAUUAAGAAAAUUAUGAAUGAAUUUUUAAUAGCAUUGCGUGACGGUGCAAAUGUGAGAGAAAAAUAUCAACUCUGGGAGGAACAAGAACAAAAUCUUAGAGCCUCCUCCUCCUCUGCUAGCCAUAGUAACAAUGUUGGCAGUUCUUCGGAUCAACCUCCUUCAGAGAUUGACCCAGAAACUGGUGUCAGCAAGAAUGUGACUGAAGUUGUUCUUGGCGCUGGUGGUGGUCACGUUACAGAAGAACAAAAGAAGAAGGUUGAAAUUAAGAUUACAGAAAAAUUUAAGGGAGCACCAUUGCCAAAGAUUUUCGAGUUUUUCACUGAGCCAGCCAUUAUUUCUCAAUACACGCAAAGUAAGGCUGAGAGUGAAAAGAAGGAAGGUGGUAAAUUUUCUCUUUUCAAUGGAAAGGUCUCAGGUACUUUUGUUGAGUUUGUUCCCAACAAGAAAAUUGUUCAAAAGUGGCGAUUCAAUGAUUGGCCAGAGAAUGCCACAAGCACCGUCACCCUUACUUUUGAUGAUACAGGAAAUGGUGAGACCACUGUGAAAUUACACCAAGUGGAUAUUCCAUACAAGGACUCAAAUGGAUACUUUGUAAAGGAGAAGGUUGAGAGUGGAUGGACUGAAAACUUCUUUAAGAGAAUUAAGAUGAUGCUUGGAAUGGUCAUUGGCUCCAGUGGCUUUUAA